AUGGAUGUUCUCCUCGAAAUCGUAGGACAUCUCUCUGUCGAGGAUAUAGUCAAGACGCGACAGGUAUCUCGAAAAUUUGCAUUUGUGUCCUAUCAAUGGAGCACAUGGGCUCGCGCGUACGAGCGCUCAAAAUUUCUCCUACCAGAAGGACCUCUCUCGUCACAGAGCUCUGUUCAGCUCGAGAAUCUUUUGAUCCAAGCGGCGAAGAUUCACAGGAAUUGGACGUCUUCCACAACCACAGUAUUCAAGCAACGUCGAUUUAUCCGAGAGCUCCCUACCUACGACUUUGAUGCAAACGUUAUAUCAGGACGAUUUCUUCAGCUAGCGUUACACGAUGGCAUUUCGUGGUACGACCUUGACUCUGAUGAUAUGAACACACCCAUCUUAACGUACCCGUGCCGUACUGUUUUGCCGAUGUCUGGGUAUUUGAAUCAUCAAGACAACGCCAAUGGGGAGGGCUCUGAUUCGGUAUGGGUAACAUUCGCUUGUCAAAGGCCAAAAAGAAUAAUAGUCCUGAAACUAAACUUUGGAAAGUCGGGGUAUAAGGUCAAACUCCAUGCGGAAAUAUCAGCAGGUAACAUAACGAGCGUAAAGAUGGCCCACGACUGGAUUUUACCGAUUAGAGAAUUCGCAUCUCCCGACGACCCUAUGGAUUUAUACCAUAUACCCUCUCGGUCUACAUUUUAUUUCCCAAUGCAUGAAAAUGUCCAGCAUCUUUCUGACCUGAGUACUAUGAAUUACGCGAUAACAUCUCGACAUUUAUUCCUAUUGUUUUCCUUGAGGGAUGAAACACUCGUCGACGUGUAUACACUCCCAAAGCGGCUGGAUAAUACACCCUCUAUGUUACUACACCCACGGCGCCUUACUCGGUCGCAUUCAGGUGUAUACCCCCACGCCAUCUCGAAAAUCCAAUUUCUCGAUAGGCCUCGCCUCUCCAAUGUUGCGUUGAAAGGUGAUGAUAUACGAGUGUCUUUUCUGGCAUUGGUGUACGCCAACCACUCGCGCACAAGUUGGACCUCGAAGAUCGCGCUUCAUGUUAUCGAGGCACAUUUAAAUCGAACGGGCUUGUUAUCCUUCAUUACGCAGUCAGGGCGUACUUUGAACGUGGGCAUGACGAAUACGAUGCUUGCUCUCAGUACACGUUCUGGGAGAUGCCUGGCGGUGACGCAUUCUAUGCCUGGCUCUGUUUUAUUGGCACACACUAUCACAUUGGAAGACAGUGGCUGCACUAUGAACGUCAAGGCCAUCAGCCUUCCGAAGGGAUUCCAAAGUCGGGAUGUGUUGGCAUUCGAUGGAUUCCGAGACUGUGCUUAA